CGAAUAUUUUGUGAUGAGUAGUCCACAAUAAGUAAUGUUUUUGGGGCGGGUGAGUCCAAGUCAAUCAAGGGCAGCGCCAUAGUUCAAUGAAACACCUUUCCCUCCCAUGUGAUUUUCAAUAGGUUUUAAUUUGUAUUCCAGUUGUAAUAUAAUUGCCCAUUUUAAUGAUGAAUUUCUUCUUCUUCUUUGUACUCUAGUUGUGACUCUUUUAUACCUUAUCUUCUCGAUAACACAGAGUGAGUUUUUACCAAAACUACAUUCCACCUUGUCAUACAUGCACUUUGCUCAAAUAAUUUCCCCCAUGAUUAGUGAAUGCGAAUUUAUGUGAUGACAUUUUAUGUAUGUUGUAUAAAUAUAUUUCGUGUGACAUUCACGUGUCAUUUCUAUGAAAUGUCAGCAUCUUCAUACCGACAUGUUUCAAACUUUUACUGACGAUUUUGCUCCAUUUACUAAUAUCACCAUAGUCGAUUUUUUUUCUUCUUUUGUGAUGGGUCGACCAUCAAAACUUUCGUGUAACGUGAGAUCCAACGACAAAAGUAAUAUUUGUGGUACAAGUUGUUCCCUAAUCAAUUGCAAUGAAUCGUACCAAGAUCAAAAUUAUGUGCAUUAAAAUAUCGGAAGCAUAAGAAAUUAUAUCGCCCUUUCGAUAAAGGUGUACGCCAAUUAUGAUCAAUAGGAGAAAGAAUGAGAAAUUCACGGUAGUUGGACUAACUUACGAAGUGAUAAUUUUAAAGGUUUAUGAUUCAUGAAACCUAGCUAGCAACUUGUUCAGUCACCGACAAAAACUAUAAUAAAAAAAUCAGUGCUAAGUCGCCAUAAUCGAACGGAGAAUAUGGUGGCCAUAAUAUACGACAUUCAAUUGAAUGAACACAAGUCAAAAACAAACAUCCAAUCGAUUUUAAGAAAGGAAGAAAUGAGGAAAUGUAGAGAGCUCUUCUACCAUACUUACAAGAACAAUUGGUGUUUUCCUUAAAAGAAAAAUUGUAAUGGUACAUGCGAAAACUUUUACUUUUGGCGUUGUGAAACAAAUUCAGAUUGUAUUUAUAUAUUUUUUUAACAAAUUUCUUUAUAGUAUAAACGAAAUUUGUACAGUUUAUUGUUGCUGUACAAAUUCAAUUUUUACAUAUGUAUUUUCUACACAUUCAUCUAUGAUACAAACUGAAUUUGUACCGAACGUACGUAACUUAUAUCUGAAAGUACCCGUGCUAUAUAGACCUUUCGAAAUUUCUUGAAAAUUAAUACAGAUGUAAGUCAUGAUGACUAAUUAGGGUUUGGACGACAAGUGGAAAGAGUUGGACAUUGGCCAGGUGUGCGACAUGCAGUAGUGCAUGCAGAAAGUGAAGUGAUAAACUGAUAACAAAUUAACAAAUAAUAAACAUAUGCUCAAGUUUUCGUUAGAAGAAGCCUAUGGAAAUUAAAAUGAGGUUUCGUUACAAGAAAGAAGCACGUUGCCAAUGAGUUCAAUGUGGACAUACUCACAUACCAAUAAUUCAGAAGUACGUAGGACAGAAACAACACUAUAUAUCUAUAACACUCCCAAUUGUUUUUGCAAGUUAGUUCCCCUAUUUCUUUCACGAGUUAUGGGUGCGAUCUGGAAUUUUCGAUUCUAAACGUUCAAUUCUGAUUUCUUAGUAUACAUGAAUACUCCCACCUAUUCCUACUAAAAAUUAUAGUGGCAGCCAACAGAGCAGUUUUCUUUGUAGUAUUAUCUAAUUGAACUAGUUCCAUGCAUUGUUGAAUGGCAUGGCACCCAUUAACGACCGCCAACAGUCGAUAUUCUUGACUAGAAAUGGAACGCAGCCAGAAAGCAAAACCGGACCAAAAAGGAAUAUAAAAACAACAACAACAAAAAAUGAACAAAUCAGAAGGAAUAAUUAUCAUGAUGAUAUCUAAGACACAAAAACCAGACACGAAACAGUUCUCUCGUCUCAUCAUCAGUCAUCUCAUGAUCAUCAUUUACAUGGUUGGUGGCUACUGGCUAGCAAAACGACGAAACAGGAAAUAUAGAAUAGUAUGCAAGAUUGGUGAAGACUGGAGAGAUGGAUCACAGUAUAACAUGGCAGCUGCAUUUGAUCCCUUUUUGAAUCUAUCAAUUUUGCUGGCUUGAUUUUUAUAUGAUAAUAUGUAUCAUAUGAUUCAUCAUUGAUAUGAUUUAAAUAUGUUUGUUGAGAACAGAUUGAUACUAUAUGAGUUUUCCAUUUGAAAUGAUUAUGUAACAAUCGUGAGUGUGAUUGUUUUUUUUUUGUGCAAAUACUUAAUAUGAAAUUUCGGGGACAAUGACUCUGUCGAUUUCGGGAUUCGUGUUCGCCUUUUCCCCUUUGUUUGGGAGAAAGGUGCUUGCACAUAAGAGGGGGUGAUUAGAGUUAAAAAAAUACAUGUAGAUCUUACAACAAGUUUGGGAAAUAAAACAUUUUGUAAGGCACUAUACUCCCUCCUCGUCCUCCUGAUUAUAACGAUUCAAAUUAAAUCCAUUUAACUUCAUAAUUUUUUUGCCUCCUCCAUCGCUUACCAUAUAUCUUGACUGUCAUUGGAUUUUUGGCAUUUUCUGUGUAGGGUUUGGAGAAGAUAUAUGUUUGUACAAACCUCUUGAUCACCCGUCUUUGUAAUUUAUAUUCUCAUAACCUAAUAAUGAAAUCGGUUUCUCCUGCCCAUGUGAAAUAACUAAAACGCAUCGUAUGUGUGUGUGUGUUUUUUUUACAGUCAACACAUCGUGCGUGUUAGUGAAAAUGAGUUUUUGUCCAUUCUGUAAUAACUGUUAAUUAUCAGUAGUCAAUAAUUUUAUCAAUAAUCAUCUCUUCAUCAAUAUGAAUUAUGAUUAUGAAUAAUUGGUGGGUGAAUUUCCAUUUAAUUAUAUUUAGCCGAUGUUUUUUUUUGGGUGGGAUAGCCGAUGUUUUAAUUCCUAGACAAACAAUAAACUAACAAGAAAAAGAACAUAUAUAAAAAAACAUGCCACUAGUCUCUUGAUCCCUUUUCGUGGCUGCUCAAUUCAAUCCUCAGAAGAAAACAAAUUGAACUAUGUGCAUAAAGAUACCAUAUCUCUGAUCCAAGAGAGAACCCUUGUUGAGCAUAUUAUAGGUUUUUUUUUUUGGCUUCUCAUAAUGGUGAUUCAAUAAUACUUCUAACCAAAAAAGGAUAGAGAGCUGCAUAAAGAGAUCAAGAGGUAAUGAGGGAAAAGGGAAAUAAUAUAGAAUAAAUGACGAAUUCAUUGGCCGUCGCUAUAUAAAAUAGUUUUGUCAAUUAUAGAAUAAUAUAAGAUUCAUUUUUUUUCUACCUCUCUCUUUUAAUAAUCCGAAUUACAUGACCGAACCAAUCACUAGUCAAGCAAAUAUUCACGACUCUCUCAACAUAGACGAUUGAGCUUAUACCACUAAUAUUAGCAAGUACGUAGUAUCAUUUCAAGGCAUGCACUUACCGUUACGUUCUAAAUUUGUCUGCAUGCAUAAUAUUCGAGUUUCUGUCCGAGAUCUGAUUAAUCUGAGAAUCAAUCAAGAUCUCGCGUGCCGUCUAAAUAAAACAAGAGAACUAUCCCAUUUGCCCUCAAAUCUCAUAUCAAGUGACAUCUAGCAAUAACAAAUCUAUGUAGACUACAAAUAUAAAGGGUUCAAAUCAACUCAAAACUAUGAGCAAUGUUUGUUUUAUUAGAGGAAAACUCAGAGGCAGUCAGCAGCCAAGAAAGAACAAAGAAAAUAUCCCCAAAAAGAACCCCUUUGGCACGAGGAAAAUAUUUGAAUAAGUGAUAUUUCUUUAUCUCAUUAUAAACGGGGGAUGGCUGAAACACAACCAAACAAUUUUUAUUUUCCUUUGUAUAAUUUUUCUUAUUUUUAGUUUCCAGUUGACUGACUGACUAGUGUGGAGGAACUAACCAAUUUCUCCAUCUCCCUUUCUUUCAUUUUCCUUCUGUUUUGUUGGCUAUAAAAGCAAGCCCCACUUUCCCCCUUCAACCUCCAAGCUGCUUCUUCUUCUUCUUCUUCUUUGUUCAUUCUUUGGCUUCAACUCCUUCCAUUACUAAGAACUUGCAGAGAGGAAACAAGGAGGUGAAAAGGUGUAAGAAAGGGCAAAAUAGCAGUGAGAAGGUAGAGAAAAGGAAAUGGCAUCUUCAGUUCUGAGAUCAACCUUCCUUCCUUUGGUCCAAGCUCAAGAUGGCCAGUCUUAUGCAAGCUUCCCUCCUAAACCUACCUCCACCACCUUCCUCUCCAAGAAGAAAAACAGGGGAGCAGUGGUAGCUGCCGCAAUGGAAAGUGACGAGGACAAGUUGACAAUGGUGGAAAAGUACAGUGAAACGAAAGAGAGAAGAAUGCUGGAUUUCUCCGGCAAAAAGCCCGCCACUCCGAUUCUCGACACCAUCAAUUACCCUAACCACAUGAAGAAUCUCUCCAUCCAGGAGCUGGAGAGCUUAGCUGAUGAGCUGAGGGAAGAAAUCGUAUACACAGUUUCCAAAACCGGCGGCCAUUUGAGCUCGAGCUUGGGAGUUGCAGAGCUCACCGUUGCCCUCCACCAUGUUUUCAACACCCCUGAAGAUAAGAUCAUUUGGGACGUCGGCCACCAAACAUACCCACACAAAAUCCUCACUGGAAGAAGGUCGAGGAUGCCGUCGAUCCGGCAAACGUUCGGUCUCGCCGGGUUUCCGAAGAGGGACGAGAGUGAUCACGACGCUUUCGGCGUCGGACACAGCUCCACGAGCAUCUCGGCGGGACUGGGUAUGGCCGUCGGCAGAGAUCUUCUCGGGAAGGACAACCAUGUGAUUUCGGUGAUUGGAGAUGGAGCCAUGACCGCCGGCCAAGCUUAUGAAGCCAUGAACAAUGCUGGGUACUUGGAUUCAAAUUUGAUCAUCAUUUUGAAUGACAACAAGCAGGUUUCUCUGCCCACGGCCACCGUCGACGGGCCGGCGCCGCCCGUUGGAGCUCUCAGCAAGGCUUUGACCCGGCUCCACUCCAGCAGGAAGCUUCGCAUGCUGAGGGAGUCUGCCAAGGAGAUCACGAAGCAGAUUGCUGGGCCGAAGGCAUAUGGGCUGGCAGCGAAAGUGGAUUCCUACGUGAGAGGGAUGACAGGUGGGCCAGGGGCAAGCCUGUUCGAGGAGCUUGGGCUUUAUUACAUUGGCCCAGUUGAUGGGCAUGAUGUGGCAGAUCUUGUCCUCUUGUUGAAGAAGAUCAAGUCCAUGCCAGCUCCUGGACCUGUCCUCAUCCAUCUCAUCACUGAGAAGGGGAAAGGCUAUGCUCCAGCUGAAUCUGCUGCUGAUAAGAUGCAUGGUGUGGUGAAGUUUGAUACAAUCUCUGGGAAGCAAAUCAAGACCAAGACACCCACAAAGUCAUACACUCAGUACUUUGCUGAGUCUUUGAUAGCUGAAGCUGCGAACGACGACAAGAUUGUGGCAAUCCAUGCUGCCAUGGGAGGAGGGACUGGGCUCAACUUGUUCCAGAAGCAGUUCCCUGAGAGGUGUUUUGAUGUUGGGAUAGCUGAGCAGCAUGCUGUGACAUUUGCUGCUGGUUUGGCCACAGAAGGGCUGAAGCCUUUCUGCACCAUCUACUCAUCUUUCCUGCAAAGGGGUUAUGAUCAGGUUGUUCAUGAUGUGGACCUUCAGAAGCUGCCUGUGAGGUUUGCAAUGGAUAGAGCUGGCCUUGUGGGAGCAGAUGGGCCAACACAUUGUGGAGCUUUUGACACAACUUUCAUGGCUUGUUUGCCAAACAUGGUGGUCAUGGCUCCUUCAGAUGAGACAGAGCUCAUGAACAUGGUUGCCACAGCUGCAGCCAUCGACGAUCGUCCCAGUUGCUUUAGGUACCCAAGAGGGAAUGGCAUUGGCACUGUUCUCCCACUGAACAACAAAGGAACACCUCUUGAGGUUGGGAAGGGAAGAAUUCUGAGGGAAGGAAGUAGAGUGGCUAUAUUGGGGUAUGGAACAAUAGUGCAGAACUGCAUUGAAGCAGCAGACAAGCUUCAAGCUUUGGGGUUCCAGCCAACUGUGGCUGAUGCAAGGUUCUGCAAGCCACUUGAUGGAGAGCUGAUCAGAAGGCUGGCCCAGGAGCAUGAAGUUCUGAUCACAGUUGAGGAAGGUUCCAUUGGUGGGUUCAGCUCUCAUGUCUCCCAUUACUUGGGGCUCAAUGGAUUGCUUGAUGGCAAGCUCAAGUGGAGACCAAUGAUGCUUCCUGACAGGUACAUUGACCAUGGAUCUCAGAAGGACCAGAUUGAAGCUGCUGGAUUGAGCUCAAAGCACAUUGCAGCCACUGUUCUUUCUCUAAUUGGACACAAGGAAAGCCUCCACCUUAUGGAUAUAUAGAAAUGUGUAUAGUAAAUAAAUUUGUCGAUUCUUUUCUUUAUCUUAUUUAGGGGAGCUAGAUAACAUCUAAGUGCAUCACUAUGUAUUAUAUUAGGGGGAAAAGUAAAGAGGGUAUUAAGAAAAUUACUAGUAGCUC